UGUUGCUCGCUGCCCUCCCCAGCUCCCUGAAGCGGCCCCCGGGCUGCGUUUCGGUGCUCUGUUCUAGACCUAGUUUCAGUUUUUCCAACUUCAUCCUCACCCUUCCUGGGAAGAAGCGGCGGCCCUGAGUUGUCCGGGCAGCCGGGAGAGGGGAGGAGGAAGGUCUGGACUCGGGAGUUCGUGCAGAUCCGUGGAGCAUCUGCCGAGAUGAACCAGAGGUGGAAGAAGUCGGUGAACGCGGAUUCGCUGGUUUAAAUGGCUCGGUUACGCCCCAAAAGCGCACCUCAGAGUCCACAGCCUCGCACGCACUCAAGUCGUGUCUAACAGUUGGAAAGUAACGCUGACCCAAAAUCGGGACACCAAGGCUGUGUCCGGUACUCGGGGACAGUCGUCCAACACGGCUAGCAGAGAAGUGGGUCGAUUUCAUGUAAUUUGGGAUCAAGCUUUGAAAUCACGCCUGCUCUUCUGGUUUCCAGUGAUAUACUCAGUGGUUUGUCAAUUACGACCAAGCUGCUAGGCUUCAAGUCAGAGUGAAGGGUGAAAAAGUUUUCAAAUGAGUAAGGAACACAGGCAAAUGCAGGUUGGAAUUCGAGGCACCAAUAUAGUUGUGCUUGGAGUAGAAAAAAAAUCUGUUGCUAAACUUCAAGAUGAAAGAACUGUGAGGAAAAUUUGUGCCCUUGAUGAUCACGUCUGCAUGGCUUUUGCAGGAUUGACUGCUGAUGCUAGAGUAGUAAUAAACAGAGCCCGGGUAGAGUGUCAGAGCCAUAAGCUUACAGUUGAAGACCCAGUCACUGUAGAAUAUAUAACUCGCUUCAUAGCAACUUUAAAGCAGAAAUAUACCCAGAGCAAUGGACGAAGACCUUUUGGUAUCUCUGCCUUAAUCGUAGGUUUUGAUGAUGAUGGUAUCCCAAGAUUAUAUCAGACGGAUCCCUCUGGUACUUAUCAUGCAUGGAAAGCAAAUGCAAUAGGCCGAAGUGCUAAAACUGUUCGAGAAUUUCUAGAAAAGAAUUACACAGAAGAUGCUAUAGCAAAUGACAAUGAAGCUAUCAAAUUAGCAAUAAGAGCUUUGCUAGAAGUUGUCCAGUCUGGUGGAAAAAACAUUGAACUGGCUAUAAUAAGAAGAAAUCAACCUUUGAAGAUGUUUAGUGCUAAAGAAAUUGAAUUACAAGUAACUGAAAUAGAAAAGGAAAAGGAGGAAGCAGAGAAGAAAAAAUCAAAGAAGAAUGCCUGAUUCUUAGGAUGAGCACUGGAAGCUUUUAAUGUUUUGCUGUACUGCUUGGAAUUACUUAACAAAGAGUUAAAAGAAAUACGUUAGUUUGCAGCAUUACCUUUAGUAUUUAUAUGGGCUACUUUGAGAAUGCCAAAUUUGUGACUGUCUUCAGUCUGUUACAUAGAUUGAUGUGAAGGUUUUCUUUGAAAGCAGAUUCCAGUAAUUGUUGAAAGCAGUCGUAAUUCCACAUAAGCCUGAGACUAUAUACUAUAACUUGUUUCAUGUGUAGGUUUUCUUUAGAUAAACAGAUUUAAUUAAGAAAAAAAUUUAAUUUUAAGAAGUGAGUAAUUUGGGUGAAGUUUGACUAUUCACUCUCAGUUACA